GUUAUCUUGUUUUGUGUGCCACUUCGGAAACAUUCUUCAUAUGCCUGCAGGACUGUUAAGGUGUACUGUAACCUGGAGCGUAACUCAAGACGUCAGGAAAAGUUGAGCAUAUAGAUAAUUACUUUAUAAAUUGAUUUUUCGAAAGAGCCUUAGGGGUUAAGAUGGAAAUAAAGGUGCUAUUAAUAUCGGCUCUACUAGGAUUCGUCUCUCGUGUCAGAUCAAACACAGAUGGCAAUAUAUGUAUUUCUGCAAAAGCCAAAACAUGUGGAGAGUGUAUUCAGAUCGGGCCACAGUGUGCGUGGUGCAAAGAUCCUGAUUUCAAACCUUCACGGUGUGAUGACAGAGAUUCUCUGGAAAAGGCAGGCUGCACUCCACUCGGCAUAGAAAACCCUCGAGGAACGGUCACCGUCGACAAGAACAAACCCGUCACGAACCGUAAAGUCGACGGAGGACAGAUUCUGAAUGAGAUCACUCAGAUCCAGCCACAGAAACUCACCCUGAACCUCCGAUCUGGUGAAUCACAGAAGUUUACUCUCAAAUUCAAGAGGGCACAAGAUUAUCCCAUCGAUCUGUACUUUCUGAUGGACCUCAGCAACCCUAAUCUUGAGAAUGUCAAGAACCUGGUAACCGAACUUGUCAAGGAGAUGCAGCACAUCACGAAAGACCUGCGGAUAGGUUUUGGUUCAUUCUCGGUGAAACCUUUCAUUCCGGAAACCCCAACGGAUCUGAAGAGCCCAUGUUCUCCAAACAAUUGCAAACCCUCCUUCAGCUACGUAAAUGUCUUGAGCUUGACAGAUGACACCACAUUGUUCACCCAAGCGGUCAGCAAGCAGAAAACCUCUGGAAACCUAGGCUCUUCAGAGGCAGGAUUUGAAGCCAUCAUGCAGGCUGCUGUCUGCACGGAAGUGAUCGGCUGGAGGAAUGUGACUCGUCUCCUUGUGUUCUCCACGGAUGCUGAAUUACAUUUUGCUGAAGAUGAAAAACUGGGUUGCAUUGUUCAUCCAAAUGCCGGGAAAUGCCACCUGGAGAAUAAUGUGUACACCAUGAAUAACUACUUUGACCCCUCCAUCUCUCAGCUGGUAGACACACUGAGUGACAACAACAUUCAGACCAUCUUUGCUGUGAAACAUCAAUUCAGAGAUCGUUAUCAGGAGCUCUCUGCUCUAAUUCCUAAAUCAGCAGUGGGGACCAAUUCAUCCAAUGUCAUUCAGCUCAUCAUUGAUGCACAUAACUCUUUGUCCUCACAGGUCAUUCUGGAGAACAGCAAGUUGCCUGAUGGUGUGUCCAUUUCCUACAUCUCUCACUGUAAGAAAGGAGUGUGCGAGGAGAAGAUGGAAGAUGGAAGAAAAUGCUCUGCCAUCUCCAUUGGGGAUGAGGUGGAGUUUGAUAUAGAAAUAACAGCUACUGGCUGUCCAUCUAAAGAUAAAUCAGAGACCAUAAAGAUCAAGCCGCUGGGCUUCACUGAGGAGGUGGAAAUCAUCCUCAACUUUAUCCUUGAAUGUGAGUGUCGUAAAGAAGGGAUCCUAAACAGUCCGGAGUGUAGCGGCGGCCAUGGCACUCUGGAGUGUGGAGUAUGCAGGUGUAAUAAAGGGUGGUCAGGCAGAUUAUGUGAGUGCAGUCAAGAUGAGUUCCUGACAGAUGAUCUGGACGCUAACUGCCGCAUGAAUAAUGGGACGGACAUCUGCAGCAACAAUGGAGAAUGUGUCUGUGGAACGUGUGAGUGCAAGAAAAGAGAAAACCCAGAGGAGAUAUACAGCGGAAAGUUCUGUGAGUGCGACAACUUCAACUGUGACCGCUCCAACAACAAGCUCUGUGGAGGUCAUGGUCGGUGUGAGUGCAGGAAGUGUAUCUGUGAUCCUGACUAUACAGGCAGCGCGUGUGACUGCAGUCUGGACACCUCCACCUGUCUGGCCAGUAACAAGCUGAUCUGUAACGGACAGGGCAUCUGCGAGUGUGGCGUGUGUAAAUGUACGAAUCCAAAGUUUCAGGGUCCAACCUGUGAAAUCUGCCCAACCUGCUCCAGAGCCUGACUUUCAAUUACUUUCUUUGUUUGAAUGCAAGUGAAUGGUUAGCAAAGUUCUUUUAAAUGUAGUCACAAUUAUAAACGACGCUUAUCAGAUUCCGAGAAAAUGGAAAAUUAUAGCCAUAAGCAAAAACCAUUGGGAUUUAAAGGGUUAGUUCAUAACAUGCAAAUAACAUGUAUUUACUAUGGGGCUUUUUUUGCUGGGAACAUUUUAGUUGUGUUGCUGUCUAUGGAGUGUCAGAAAGCUCUCUGAUUACAUAAAUAAAAAUUCUUAAUUUGUGUUUCAAAGAUGAACGAAAGUCUUACGGGUUUGGAACGAUAUGAGGGUAAUUAAUGACAGAAUUUUAAUUUUGGGGUAUACUAAUCUUUUAAGCACCAAUGACCCACAUGCAUGAUUAGCAAUCCAACUAAAAUUUGAGACAAAUUAUGUCAACUGUCGACAAACCCUCUUCAUUUUGUUUCUGUUAAAAGAUGUGAUCAGGAGAUUUGUGAUGUGUCAUAGGAUGUCAUAAGUCAACAUGAAAAUGUUAAUUGCUGUGCUAUGCUUGCAUAUUAUGUUAUUUUAACCUAUUUUAACAUAUUUACACACACGAUAUUAUUGUAAAACUGAGAGUGUACUAUAUAGAACAAACUGCCAUUUUAUCAUCACUAAAACAACAUGUUAGAAACCAAAUACAUUCUAUACUUUUUAUGACUUUUUUUCUGUGUUAAUUAUGAAUGUGAGAAUGUUUCAUAAUUUUACAAAUAAACUGGUUUAAAGCA